AUGAAGUACAAUCUAACAAUUUCAUUGCAAUGGCUUCCUUUCCUCUUUCUUAUUUUCUCAACUACUGUCUCUGCAACACUAUACAAUAUUCUUAGGCUGAGUCCAAUUGGACGAGCAAUUCUACAUGAUCCUGAAACAAUAUCUGCAUCGGCUAACGUUUCAGAUGACUUCCAAACAUUUUACUUUGAUCAAACACUCGAUCACUUCAACUACAGACCUGAAAGCUACGCCACUUUUAAGCAAAGAUAUGUUAUCAACUCCAAGUACUGGGGUGGUGCAAAUUGUAGCGCCCCAAUUUUGGCUUAUUUUGGAGCAGAAGCGCCGUUGGAUGGUGAUCUAGCUUUUGUCGGAUUUCUCACUGAUAACGCCGCCAAGUUUAAGGCUCUCAUAGUGUAUAUAGAGCACCGAUAUUAUGGAAAGUCAAUACCAUUCGGAUCAAGGGAAGAAGCGCUUAGAAACGCAAGCACUCUGGGGUACUUCAACUCAGCCCAAGCAAUAGCAGAUUAUGCAGAAAUCAUCAUUCAUUUAAAGAAAAUAUUACAUGCAGAUUAUUCUCCAGUUGUUGUUAUUGGAGGAUCAUAUGGGGGAAUGCUAGCUUCAUGGUUUCGGCUAAAAUAUCCUCAUGUUGCCAUUGGAGCUUUGGCCUCGUCAGCUCCAAUCCUUUACUUCGAUGACAUCACGCCCCAAGAUGGAUAUAUUUCGAUUGUCACCACGGAUUUUAGGGAAGCCAGUGAGAGUUGCUAUCAAACCAUAAAAAAGUCGUGGUCGGAAAUUGAUGAAGUUGCAUCUAAGCCUGAUGGUCUUUCAAUCCUUAGCAACACAUUCAAGACUUGCAAUACCCUAAACAAGUCUUCUGAGCUGAAGGAUUAUUUGAUGAUGAUAUAUACGGGUGCAGCCCAAUAUAAUGCUCCUCCAAAUUAUCCGGUCAACAUUAUCUGUGGUGGCAUUGAUGGAGCUCCUUUUGGAACCGAUAUUCUCACCAAGAUAUUUGCAGGUCUGGUUGCUUAUAUAGGAAAUCACUCAUGCUACGUUAAUAAUGGACCCACAAGUAUAUCUGAAACAGAUGUGGGAUGGGGAUGGCAGACAUGUACCGAGAUGGUGAUGCCCAUAGGAGUUAUUGGCAACGAUUCCAUGUUCCAACCGGACCCUUUUGUCCUAAGCAGCUAUAUUGAGAUGUGCAGCAGGUUUUUUGGUGUGCCCCCUCGCCCUCAUUGGGUCACUACUUACUACGGAGGCCAUGAUAUAAAAUUGAUUCUCCACAAGUUUGGAAGUAACAUUAUAUUCUCAAAUGGGCUCAGAGAUCCUUACAGUAGCGGCGGGGUGCUUGAAAACAUAUCACACAGUGUUGUUGCAGUCCAUACUGUUAACGGAUCUCAUUGCUUGGAUAUACUUCCAGCAGAGCAAAGUGAUCCAGAUUGGUUGGUGAAGCAGCGAAAGGAGGAGGUUAAGAUAAUCAAAGGAUGGAUCACCAAGUACUACAUUGAUCUUCUGGCUUAA